AUGUUCCCCUCACUUCUCAUUCUCAGCGGCAUUGUGGCAUCCGCUCUUGCGCACCCUGCUCUCGAGGCUAGGGCUAGCUGCACCUUCACCGACGCUGCCACUGCUAUCAAGAACAAGGCUAGCUGCUCGACCUUGAUCCUCGACAACAUUGCUGUUCCUGCUGGAACUACUCUGGACCUGACAAAGCUCAAGGAUGGCACACACGUCAUCUUCCAGGGCAAGACCACCUUUGGCUACAAGGAGUGGGAAGGACCCCUCAUCUCCUUCACCGGAAACAAUCUGCUCAUUGAGGGCGCCUCUGGCCACUCUAUUGACUGUGAGGGUCAGCGAUGGUGGGAUACCAAGGGCAGCAACGGUGGCAAGAAGAAGCCCAAGUUCUUCAGCGCCCACAAACUCGAAAAUUCCAACAUCAAGAACUUGAACGUCCUCAACACUCCUGUCCAGGCCUUUAGCAUCAACGGUGUCACCAACCUUGCGCUUUACGAUAUCCACAUGGAUAACUCGCUGGGUGACACCAAGGGUGGACAUAACACAGACGCCUUCGACGUGGGCGCGUCCACUGGCGUAUAUAUCUCUGGUGCUGUUGUCAAGAACCAGGACGACUGCCUAGCCAUCAACUCUGGUACCAAUAUCACUUUCACCGGUGGGACCUGCAGCGGCGGCCAUGGUCUGUCCAUUGGAUCAGUCGGUGGGCGGUCCGAUAACGAUGUCAAGACCGUUCGCAUCCUCGACUCGUCCAUUUCUAACUCGGACAACGGCGUCCGCAUCAAGACUGUCUAUGGAGCGACUGGCUCUGUCUCCGAUAUCGUGUACGACUCUAUCAGCCUUUCCAACAUCGCCAAGUACGGCAUUGUGAUUGAGCAGGAUUACGAGAACGGCUCCCCCACUGGCACCCCUACCGCCGGUGUGCCUAUCACUGAUGUCACUAUCAACAAGGUCACCGGCUCGGUCAAGUCCAGUGGCACCAACGUUUACAUUCUUUGUGCGAGCUGCAAGAACUGGACCUGGACGAAUAACAAGGUGUCUGGUGGUAAGACCUCGUCGAAGUGCAAAGGCGUCCCCAGCGGAGCGUCUUGCUAG